AUGGAGAACGUUCAUGCCUAUCGUCUCUCGGUCUUUCCAUACUCACUGGACAUUCGAGAGGAUGGCGGCAAUCCAACCACCAUCUUCCUCGGCGCCGAUGACCUGGGCCCAUCGCAGAUGCAGUCUCUGGCCAAGAAGAAUGGCCAUGAGUGUUGUUUCGUGUUGUCCGGGCAAGCCGGAGAACACGCUGAUUGCCACUUAACUCUAAGAUAUUGGGUCCCAAACCACGAAAUGGAAAUGUGCGGUCAUGCUACCGUCGGCACCAUCUGGCUGAUGGACCAUCUCGGAUUGCUGCCCGCAACUGAUGACAUCCGCAUUUCGACUCGAUCGGGCGUCGUCGAGGCUCAAGUACUCAAGGCCGAAGACGGGUCACCGGUCGUUCGUGUGUCUCAGCCGGCUGGCUCGCUCGAAGAUUUACCUUCCAACCGGGUUCUCGACAUUGUAUCCUGCUUAGGCAUCACCAAGGGUGAUCUAGCGCCCAGUUACAAGGUACACAAUGGUCGUACAUCGCGGACCAAGACAUUGGUUCCGUUGAAGAGCCGCGAGAUCCUCAACGGGCUGAAUCCGAAUCCGGACUUGGUCCGCGAAAUAUGUGAAAAUAUUGACUCAACUGGAUUGUAUCCCUAUGCUGUCCUCAACGCCCAAGACCAACUCGUUGAGGCACGUCAAUUUCCGAGAUCCUCUGGCUAUGCUGAAGAUCCUGCAACUGGUAUUGCGGCGGCGGCCCUCGCUUUUAGUCUUCUAGACAAUACCGUUUUCUGUCGGGAGACGGCCAAACCCGUACGUGUUAGACAAGGAUGGACGAUGGGUAAACCGUCUGAAAUUCAGGUUCAUCUGAGACAAAAUGACGGUAAACUGUCAGGUUGCUGGAUAUCAGGCAAAGUGAGGUGGGCCACUACUGAGUCUGUACACGAUACGUAA